AUGAAUAUUUGACUUCCUCUCCCUCUUCCUUUCAGAUACGAUACGAUACGAUACGAUACGAUACAUACAAUAAUAAUAAAUAUCAUAUUCUCCCCCAAGAAUGAGAUUCAAACACUCAACACCUUUUCCCUUCUCUUCUCUCUUCUUCUCUUCCUUCCACUUGGCAAACAAAAUAACAUUCCCACACUUCUCCUCCUACGCCGCCAUCAAUCCGGAGCAAAACUUGCUUUAUCACUUAAAAUAAUUAGAAGUGGAGGCUUCCCAAGGUCUUGGCAUCUUGGACUAGAAUUAAUCGUGUAUGGGUAGUGAGAAAGUAAACAACCCUUUCACUCAAUCUCUUCGCUUUCUUUCAAACAAUAAUUUUUUGUUUUUACUUCGAAAAUAAUCAUCAUCUCAAAAGCAACAUCUGCGAAACCGAGCGGCACAAUUCUACGUGCUAUCCGAUCAUUACAAAAAAGGUGUCGGGGAGGAAGAGCCAACAUACAUUAAUAGACGGCGGAGCGGCGACUGGGCGCGACCAGAUUUCGAAUGCUGCGACAUCACGCAAUACUUUUGAGGGAAUCGACUGAUUGGGGUAUAACGAGCAGAGACAAUCCAACCGAUUGAGCUACAAUAUUUCCCCUCCCCCGCCGUCGACAGUGCCUUUUCGCUAGCACGAUAUCGUUACCGAUACCAAUCGAUUGCGAUUGUUCUAAUACAUAAUCUAUACCGAUCGACAACCAUCUAAGACAGCCAAGAUGGCUUGGGAUCACCUCUCCAUCAAUAAACCUCAUUUGGUUUAUAUCAUUUUGGGUGGCUUCACCUCAUUGUUUAUGCUGUGUUCUUCCUUCAUCAAGGAGCGCAUGUAUAUCGGUGAAGCCACUGUCGCCACGAUUUGUGGUAUUAUCUUUGGACCACAUGCCGCCAAUCUGAUCGAUCCCGACACUUGGGGCAAUACCGAUCAGAUCACUCUAGAAUUCUCACGAAUUGUCCUUGUUGUUCAAUGUUUUGCCGUCGGGGUCGAAUUGCCUAGGCAUUACAUGGAGAAGCAUUGGAGGAGUGUAGUCUUUCUCUUGUUACCCGUGAUGACCUUUGGAUGGUUGAUCACAAGUCUUUUCAUUUGGUGGUUGAUCCCGCCGCUAAACUGGCUGCAGGGACUUUGUGUGGCAGCAUGUGUGACGGCGACAGAUCCUGUACUCGCUAGUUCGGUGGUUGGAAAAGGAAAAUUCGCAAAACGAGUACCGAAACAUUUGAGAGAUCUUCUAUCUGCCGAAUCAGGGUGUAACGAUGGAAUGGCAUUCCCAUUUAUCUACCUUUCCUUAUAUUUGAUUCGAUUUCACCUCAAUGCGAAAGAAGUCACAUUUGAUUUCAUUGUCAUAACAGUUCUUUACGAGUGUGUGUUUGGUGCGAUUUAUGGUUUCGUUGUCGGAUACAUUGGCAGGCACGGAAUCAAAUAUGCGGAAAGACACGAUUUAGUCGACAGAGAGAGUUUUCUCGUGUUCUACUUCGUCCUUGCUCUAUUCUGCGCAGGUUCCGGGAGUAUCCUUGGAGUUGAUGAUCUCCUUGUCGGCUUUGCGGCUGGCGUUGGUUUCUCAAACGACGGUUGGUUUACUCAGAAAACAGAAGAAUCUCAUGUUUCCAACGUCAUAGAUCUCCUUAUCAAUUUGGCAUAUUUUGUUUACCUUGGCACAAUUAUUCCGUGGGAACAGUACAAUGAUAUGGAAAUCGGAACUUCACCAUGGAGGCUCGCUGUCAUCGCUAUCUUGGUCAUUUUCUUUCGACGAAUACCAAUCAUGAUGGCACUAAAACCUCUGAUACCCGACAUAAAAACUUGGCGAGAAGCUCUGUUUGCUGGCCACUUCGGACCUAUUGGAGUGGGUGCUAUCUUUGUUGCUAUUCUUGCGAGAGCCGAGCUUGAGACUGACACUACAACUCCAUUAACUGAGUACCCUGACCGAGAUGCCCCGAACUGGGAAUUGGUAACGGUAAUUUGGCCAAUCGUAACCUUUCUUGUUAUUUCCUCUAUUAUCGUGCAUGGAUCCUCUAUUGCCGUCUUCACCCUAGGCAAACAUAUCAAUACCCUGACACUCACAAUGUCAUACACCCAAGCCGGGGACGAUGGACCCUCUUGGAUGAAUCGUCUCCCUCGUAUCUCAUCGAUUUCGAGAUCUCAAGCUAAGACAGCAGGCUCGGAGACUGAUGGCGAGGAUAUGAGACUGGAUGAAUUACCGCCAGGUACCCUGCCACCCGCAGGAGGAAUUCCUGGAGGCUUCUUGCGCCGUCAAAAGGAGGAGGAUAAUCCAAGUCGCGCCAACAGUCGUCCUUCUUCGAUAAUUCCGCGACGCAGAAAGAAGAAGUGGGACGAUGGAGUAGGACCAGGUGGUCCUAUCAGCGAGUCGGCCAUUUAUCCUGCUCGACGAAGUCGCGACUACUCAACUGGACAUACAUCUGAUACAUUAACGCCUGGCGAAUCUUCGCCCGAUAACGAGAAAGCAAACAUUGAUGACGAGUCAAAUGAAGGUGAACUUGGAGAAGUCCAGCACGAUCCAGAGAUGGAAGAAAUCAUGCAUCAUGGCGAGAAGCAAAGGCGACAUGAUGAGCACAUGUCAGAUGCUCAACGCAACCCUGACAAGGCGGAAGUUUAUGACGAAGGUGAUCAUAUCAUAAUCGAAAACGAAGACGGCGAUGUAUUGAAAACCCUCAAAAGUCCAGGAGCCGGGACCCCCCGGGAAGAAUUUGAGAAUCUCGAAAAGGGAGUCAAGCAAGGGCCAGAGAAAGCCUACAAAAAGUUUGGUAAGAUCAUGGGUGUUUGGAGGAACAAAGACGAGGCCAAGGAGCAUAGCGAAGGAGAAGGUUCCAAAGGGAAGAAAGGAAAGGAGCCUCGCAAGACUCGAGGUCCAGCACUGGCUUAUCAGUAUGGUAGAUCUAUUAUUGUCGAAGAUGAAGAUGGAGAAGUCGUCAAAACAUACGAAUUACCGCCCGACCCUAACAGCAAAGCCCCUAAGUCCGGCGAACAUAAUGCUGUUCGCCAAGGAAUAAACCGCAUGGGUACAUGGACAGGACUUGGUGGCAACAAGGUAGACAACUCUACCAAGACAGAUGCUACAAGUGCAGAACCAGUCCGACAAGGCAUAACUCGCAUGGGCACAUGGAAUUUUGGCAAGAAUACACCAAACACUGAAAACAAAGAAGCUGAAGAAGAUGAUGAUGAUCGUCGUAUUCGAUUUACUAUUGGAGGAGCAGGACGCCGUCUAACUAAGGAAGAUUUCUUGAAAGAAAUUCAAGGUUUAGAUCCCAAAGCAAGAUGUGAGAUUGUCGAAGAAAGUGAUGCACCCAGGGCGAUGAAGGACUUGGCAAAGAGAGACGCCAGUGAUAAAACAAAAGGGAGCUCACGAUUGUUUGAAGCUCAAGAUACACAACUUGCUGCUGGUGCACAAACUGCACGGGUGGUUGGAAAGCAAAUGGCCAAGGCACAGGGCGCUAGAAUUGACGCAAUCACAGAAAGCAGUCCAGCAGGAAGCAGCAAGAAUGAUGUACCUGAGACAGCUGCAGAAAGGAGAAGAAGACAUGACGCUUUGAAAGGAGUAGAGGAAGAUGAGGAGACAGAUGAAGCUAGAGGGCGGGGAAGGGGACGUGGACGUUCUCCUAGUCGUGGCGGUAACGGUCCAGAAGAAAAAGAAACGCCAGCAGAAAAGCGAAGACGGGAAGCAGCUCUUGGAGAAAGCGUACAGAGCGAUAGUGAUGAUGACGAUACUCCGAGAGUGCCACCACCAGCUGUACGCAGCAGGGGUAUUAGAUUUGCGCAGAGUCCUGUGAGAGGAAAGAAGUAGUUGUGGAUAUAUUAUGUACAUGCCGGCGGAUUUUUAAUGUUUUUCAAAAGGAGUUGAUCUCAUGUUACCAUAUUGUUGGGGAAGAAAUAACGGCUUUACUUGAUAAUGUUGCUACGAAAAUCUUGAGAUGAUACCUAUGUAGAUGAGCAAACUGGCAUUUUCGGAAUCAUGAUUGUUGGGUGUUGGGUAAUUUUGAAUGGGUGGUUAUACAUAGCAUAUGGAUUAAUGUUAUAGAAUGAUAGAAUAUUGAGUUAGAUUGAUAGUUA